AGUUUAGAGCAGGUCUCAGUGGCAGCCUUUAGUGAAAACUUUUACAGACUAAAAGCUCAUUUCAGCAGAGAACACAUUUUGAGAAAACUCAUCAAAAGUAUAAACUUCUUUAGAAGCAAUCUAGUAAAUAAUCUGACAACUACCAAACAUGGAGAGGAGAGAGCUGGCCAGUCCAGGCUUUUCUCUGGAAAACAGGCCACAGUGUUCUGGAGGCCUUGAUGAGGGCAACACGUCUUCAAGCCAGCUUGAGAACUGCAGUCCUCGUAUAGAAAUAUCUUCAGCUCUCAGAUUGGUGGCUUUAAGGCACGCAUGGGAUUUGAGAAAAAAUCCCUCAGCAGUGCCGAAAUUCCUCUCACCACCUGGAUUUCAGGAAGACGAUCUGGAUGAAUGUAAAGAACGAGAUAAGGAUGCAGUUAAGGAGGAAUUGCAGUGUGUACCGUUCCAGUCAAAGUACAUUCGUGUUUUCCCGCUGUACCAGGAUUACUGUCUCCAGGCGAUGAAAGAUGAUCUGCACAGACUCAAAGACGGCGUUUUUUCUGAAAUGAUAACCCCCAAGUAUCUGCAAAGCCUGCAGACCCAGCUCACUCAUGCCGAGGUAUCACCUCUGCUAAGCCCUCCAGCAGCUCUAUGCACAUCUCCACGUCUGCCUAUUAAGGUGACACCUUGUACACUCUGGCAAGAUCUGCGUGAGGUGAAGGCAUCUGGUCUACUCAGCAGCUUAACAGCCAGAGAGAUUCGCCUUCAGGAGACGACGUUUGAGCUGAUCAGCUCAGAAGCGUCUUAUCUAAGGAGUCUCGGCGUGGCUGUAAAUCACUUUUAUAUAUCAAAGGAGCUGAAGCGAACUCUGUCGCAAAUGGAGCAUCACGUUUUGUUUUCCAACAUUCGACACGUGAGGGCAGCCAGUGAAAAGUUUCUCACAGAUUUGGAAAGUCGACUGGGACAGAACAUAUUCAUCUCUCAGGUUGGCGACAUUGUUCUCCAGCACUCCAAACAUUUUGUGACCCUGUAUGUGCCAUAUGUGACAAAUAUGAUGUACCAAGAGGCCCUUAUCAACGAGAAGCUGCAGCAUAACAGGGAUUUUCUGUAUACCCUCAAGAAACUUGAGAGUGACCCAGUUUGUCAAAGAAAGACCCUCAAGUCCUUCCUUGCACUUCCCUUCCAGAGAAUUACUCGUAUUAAGCUUUUGCUUGAGAGCAUCCUGAAACUGACUGAGCCAGACUCGGACUCGGUUUCAAACCUCAAAAAAGCAAUAGAUGCCAUUCAUGAGGUUGUGACAGAGUGUGACAAAGGGGUCCAGAAAAUGAAACAAAUUGAGGAGCUGGUCUGCCUGGAAAUGCUGCUGGAUUUUGGCAAAGUUAAGUCAGUUCCUCUGGUCACAAGCAAGCGUUUUCUGGUGCACCAGGGAGGCCUCAAGCACCUGACUGUGGAGAGCACUUAUAACUUGAGACUGUCAUUUGUCAACAUCUAUCUCCACCUCUUCAAUGACCUUCUGAUCGUCUCUUCGAAAAAGGAUGCACGCUUCCUAGUGGUGGAUUAUGCUGAAUUCCCAGGACAUGUGACUAUUCAGCAUCUGAGGUCUGAAAUCCUGGGUCUGCCCUCAAAUUCUUUCCUGCUACAUCUCUCCAAAUCUCAAGCAGGACAUUCGACUGCAAUGAUAGUUGUUACAGACACAAGGUCACAGAAAGAGGCAUGGAUGAAGGCACUGUCAUCUAAAAACUGACACUUGAGCAGUUUUAUAUUUUAAGGAUGAAGCGUGGCUCUAUUUAACUUGCAGAUGCUGACAACUGGAAAAAUUUAACUUGUUCCCUUUAAGGUUUAUCAUCAGUUCCCUUAACACUUUGCACUAUUCUUGAUAAAGGCACAUUCAGGGCAUUGUGUUCAAACAUGUACUAACCUCACCAGAGUGAACACA